GAUUGAUGUAUUUUAGCAUGUCUGAUGGAUGGUUUGAAGUCUGUGAGAGACAGAUAAUUGCAUGAUUGGAUAUUUGAUAUAAAAAUGCCAAAAUGAAAAUAAAUACUUUUUUACUGAAAUGAUUACCAGCAGCUAGUAUCAUCACAAGGAAAUAUAGACUCUAUCCUCCAUUAACAUAUUCACAUUCCAUUUCUUUAACCUUACGCCAACAGAUAUUUCAUAAAAUCAGGACAAUUAAUACUUUGACUUGGUCUUGGUUUACUUAAGUUUAAACCAAGUCAAAUAAUUUUCAUAACAAUUUCCAUAAUUAGAUUUAGAACUCUACUGUUUGUUCUACUUGUUUUAGGCCUAAUUAUCAAUUUUUGGGAUUUAUAUUUAUUAAAUUAUUUACUAGUACUACUACGGUAUAUUUUUCUGUUUCAAAAGUCAUGGAUCUGAACUUCCUGAACUUGGAAUGGAUUACAUCUACAGACAGACAGAGGUACACAUGCACAGACAACAUGGACAAGGCUCACCUUGUGCUGACUUCUGUCACUCAGUCUCAGAGAGAUCGAGUAAAAGCUAGUAACGAAAGGAAGCAAGGGGAUGGUUGCUGGUUGCCCCGCCCGGGUCGACCACGGCAGGCGCGGUAAGACUGAACGCCCUCGGCCCUGUGUCGACUGUAGUGUAGGCUGUAGCUGUCAGUCUUGUUAUGACUUGUUAUCUUCUUCACGCCAAUUGUAUCCCGUCCACCAAGAGCCCAAAACGAUAAAAAAGACGUGCCACUUGUUGGAGUAAAACUAUGGAAACUAUUAAGGUUUUUAAUUAAAACGUACUACUAUUACGGUACUACUAGACUUGUGAGUAGUGGUAUACUUCACGGAAAUCUCGGCCCGGGACUCUUGAGCUUGCACUUGCUUGAUUACGCAGAGCGCGCGCUGUACACAGUGCAGUGCACAUGCACAGUGGCCAAUACCAAAGAUACCGUCGAGUCAUCAUGUGAUCACAUAACUAUAUCAUCACGUGAUCGCCCAUGUGUUGCGCGUAAAUUAAUUACGGACUCGACUGGAGGAAAUCAACAGAAGAAGAAGAAGAAGAAGGUUACCGUAAAUUACCUUCAUUCAUCGUGAUCGCAAACAACGUCCAUGUGAAAUGAAGUUUGUCAAAAUGAACGUCUAACUUUUAGAUCAAAGUCUAGGAAAUCAACAGACUGCCCAGACCAAGCUGGUGAAUGAUUGAACAGAAGACCGAUGAUUUAAAAAAAUCAAACCGUGAACAGAUGAACAAUAUAACCGACGAUGCUGUCAAGAAAUCGUUUGAUGUGUCUCCUACAUCAAACUCUCCACCAUGGAAGGCUUCAGGAUGUUUACGGUACCAGUAGAGGAAAAUCAUUUCAAAGAAUCUGUACCUGCCCUUAUGACAGCUCUUCAUUUCAAAGACUACAAAAUUUGGGCAUGAAAUCAAGACAUUUCCAUUUGACUGCUUGUAGAAAAGGUACAGAUGGUUACAGUUCUACAGGUAAGGUGGAUUCAACUCUGAGUGAUGGCUCUGAAACAAAAGAGAGUUAUCUUGAAGCAAGCAGAAAAGGUGUUCUGAAGGGCAGACGGACACUCUCCCCAAUGGAAAGAAUUGGUGGUAUGAUAAUGAAUAACCCUGAAACUGAGGAAAGAACUAAAAAUCAGAAUACUACUAGUGACUCCAAAACUUCUGGUAUCAGGGAUUCCAAAGAUGUCAUCAAUGCCGAUGAAAUAAAGUCAGCUCAGGUAUGUGACUCCAGUCAUGUGCAAAGAUUUAGAACAUCGGUAGAUGGUGAAACUUCUGUGAAAGUGAGUGACUUUGAUAAAGCCCAGCACCAGGGGCCUCCUCUCGUAGAUGGAGAAUACAUCAUUAUCACCAGAGAGAACUUGAAGAGGCAGGAGAAACUUGUUCGCCUGAUCAAGCUUGAUGCUUCCCAGGACUUCAAGUGCAAGUUUGGUAACCUACGGCAUGCAGAUAUCGUCGGACAUCAGAGUGGCAGUGUCUUUGUGACUGAUAUUGGCAUUGAGCUUCUGAUUAGGCGACCAAGUCUGGAUGAAUAUGUGCUCUACAUGAAGAGGCAUCCAACCAUUGCAUACCCAAAGGAUUGUUGUACAAUGCUAAUGAUGAUAGAUGCUUAUCCUGGUGAUGUGGUCUUAGAAGCGGGUUCAGGGUCUGGAGCUAUGACGUUGUUCCUUUCUAGAGCAGUUGGACACAAUGGCCAAGUUCUUUCCUUUGACAGAGAACGGAACCAUCAGGUCAGAGCGGAGAAGAACCUCAGCCUGUGGCAGAAAUCCUAUGACAUCAGCCAUGAAGUCAAGUGGCCCCAGAAUGUCUUAUUUUACUCCUGUAGAUUGCAGGACUGUGGACAAUAUAUCAAAGAUACUCAAGUGGAUGGGGCAAUUAUUGAUAUGGAGGAACCUUCCAGAGUGAUGUCUACUAUGUCUCAAAGACUUAAACCAGGGAAGGCAAUGGCUGUGUAUGUGGCAAAUCUGACCAUGGUGAUUGAGAUAGCUGAAGCCAUUCGCAUAGAAAGACUCCCCCUUUUCAUCGAGACUACCAUAGAAGUCACCCACAAGGAAUGGGUUGUAAACCCAGCCAGGCGGUAUGGAGGGAUUGUUCUGCAAGACCCAAAGGCAUCCGACGAACAGGAGUUUGAGAAUGAGGUGGUAGGAAAAAGCAAAGGAGUGCGAUACAUUGCCGAUGAAAUACCCAAAUAUCUUGCAAGACCACAUCAUAUUCAACCUUCUCAUACAGCAUUCUUGGUAAAAAUUAGGAAAACAAGGAAAUCAUCGUCAACAUUUAAGGUUUGAAACUAAAAAUGGACAAUUAAUAACACAAGUUAGCUUUAUCGUUGUUUAAGUUUCUGCUAUAAAUCUAUUUUUAAUCUUUGAUAAAUAAACGUACAAAUAUUUCAAAAAUUCACAAAGUUUAAUAAAAUAAAUUUAGCACAAAAUCAUUUUGACAAAUAUAUACAACAACGAUAUUGAAAUUAAAUUUUGUCAGUUUGAUAACUUAUUUGUGUGCAGAAAAACAUUUCAAUAAAUAAACCAUAUUCUAAUUACAUGUACUAACAAUGAGAAAGAAAUCAAUUUCUGGAUUAUAUAGAGCGAUAAUUUGAGGAGAUUAAUAAAAGGUUUUAAAGUCUUUUCCAAAUAUUAGUUACAGUCAAGCAUUUUCAUUGUGACCUGCAACCAAGUUUAUUUUUCAUCCAUCAAUUUAAAAAGUGGUACAUUGUACUCUAUGAACAGAAUAUGUAGUUGAAUUCUCUACUUACAUGUAGGUGGUAAUUGUGAAAUUCAAGUGAAAAUUAAUAAAUUGCUGAUUUUAAAUAA